GCCUGUUUUCGGAAAGUGCCUGGAAUGGGCAUUUUCCGAAAACAGUUCCCGUAAAGAAACGGGUAAGAAACGAACUGUUGGCCGUGGGAUCUACUUCUAAAGAGUGCGCACAAAACAGGCCGAGUUCCGACCAGUCUUCAGUUACCGCGCGCCUCACAGGAAUUACAAAAGCCAUCUGGAAUUUGAAUAUUUUCACCCCUUUGGGUCGCGUGGCAUGUCACUUGUUUCCUGGGCAACACCCCUUCACGGUGUAUUUAAACGGGCGCUUCUCACUCUCCAAAGCAAGUACUGAGUUUUAAGCGAGUCUGAGUGACCGAGAGCGAACGCCUGAAGGUUACCGCAAAUCCACUCAACAAGAAUAACAUUGGAUACCGCCUGGCAACUGAAGAUGCCUGCGAUCAUUCUGACAAACACCGGUCUUCUUCUGCUCGUUUUUUGCGCGGCCGUGGCGCAGGACUGCUCCCAGCCCUGUAACUGCCCCACUGAGGCUGCCCCCUGCCCUGUGGGCACCAGCCUGGUCCUGGAUGGGUGUGGCUGCUGCAAGGUGUGUGCCAGACAGAUGGGCGAACCCUGCUCUCUCUGGGAGCCAUGUGACCACCACAAGGACCUGUACUGCGACUACACUGCUCUGAGUGACAGCACACCAGCCAUCUGCAUGGCCCGGGGGGGGCAGACGUGUGACCUGGGGGGGGUGGUGUACCGCAGUGGGGAGGCCUUCCAGCCCAGCUGUAAGCACCAGUGCAUCUGCAUGAGCGGAGAGAUCGGCUGCGUUCCAACGUGCCCCAGCGACGUGCGCCUGCCCUCUCCCCAGUGCCCCGCCCCCCGCCGCAUCACCAUCCCUGGCCAAUGCUGUGAGGAGUGGGCCUGUGACUCCGCCCCCCAGGGCCUCCCGUUCCAGGCCGUCAUGGCUGGUAUGUCCAGAAAGACAUACAGGGAGGCAGACUACAGGGCGGGGCCUGAGAGUGCGCGGGAUAACUGCAUCGUUCAGACCACCACGUGGAGCGACUGCUCCACCUCCUGUGGGAUGGGCAUCUCCACCCGCGUUACCAACGACAACCAGCACUGCCAGUUGGAGAAGCAGAACCGCUUCUGCCUGAUCCGUCCUUGCCACGCCCACCAGGAGAGCGCCAUCAGAAGGGGGAAGAGGUGUGUGCGCACCCCCAGGUCCCCGCGGCCCGUGCGGUUCUCCGUUUCGGGCUGCAGAAGUGUGCGGGGGUAUCGGUUGCGGUUCUGUGGCGUGUGCACGGACGGGCGGUGCUGCCGGCCCCAGACCUCCGUCACGGCAGAGGUGGAGUUCCGCUGCCCGGAGGGCGACAUUCGCCGCAAGAUGAUGUUCAUCAGGACCUGCUCCUGCCACCUGGACUGUCCCCGUGACAACGACAUCUUCCACUCCACACACCUCCGGCCAAUGAGCGGCGAUUAUGACAUCAACAUGUGAGGGGCCACGCCCUGACCUCGCCCUGACCUCGCUCUGACCUCGCUCUGACCACGCUCUGACCACACCU